AUGAAGAGAAAAAAUGUUUUGCUUUCUUCAUGUGUCAGUAUCAUAAAACUUCUUGUACUGAUUGCAGCAGCUGCUAUUGUUUCACUUGCUCCGGAUCGUCUGCUAGGAAACGUAUGUGCGCAAACCACUUCGGUUCAGCCUCGAUUACGUCCGAAACCUUCAGCUAGCGCCGGCGCGGUUCCAUUCAUCGUAGCAGACCCAAAGGUGCUACCUUCUUUUGGAGCUCCACCUGAUGAUUGUGCGCAGAAUGAGCCGGGAAGCAGCUGUCAAGAAAAGUUGAGUUCGACUAAGGCUACGGUGUUGCCCUCUGAUCUUGGUUUCACAGAUCUUGGUAAUUUGUGUUGA